CACAUGCACAUACACGAAACGACUAAACAAACCACUAGAUGAAAGCUCCCCUGGGAGCAACCUGCACCAGAAAUUAAGAUGCUCUGUAUCUGUUGGACCUUGAGAAUCACGAAUGCAUUUGCGAUUUCAAUCUUUAGCUCUUUCUUUUGAUUAUCCAUCUCUUCAUUGUCUCUCAAUAAACAAUUAACCAAGGGUUUUGGUGCCUAGCUAUUAUUUGUAUUCUUGCUUACGAGAGAAACUCUCGAUCCGGAAAACAAAAAGGGGGCAAAAGCCAUGGAAAUAGUAAAGGAAGAGAGCAGCAGCUGGCUAUGCUGUGUUUCUCAUCUUGUUCCUUCUGUUCAAGAAUUAGCCAAGAAGCCCAUAACCACCCUUCCACCUAGAUAUAUACAGCAAGAUCUCCACGACGGUGAUGCUCGAGACCAAGUGAACAAGAUCGGUUCCAAUGAAGCGAGCAGUUCUAUACAACCUGAAAUACCAACCAUCAACUUCAAGAAACUGCUUUCUCGGAAAGAAUCGAACAGUUUUCAAGAUUCGGAUGAAUUGGCUAGGCUCCACUUGGCUUCAAAAGAGUGGGGUUUCUUCCAGUUGGUAAACCAUGGCGUGAGCUCUUCUUUGUUGGAGAAGAUUAAGACAGAAAUUCAAGACUUCUUCAACCUCUCGAUAGAUGAGAAGAAACGGUUUUGGCAGCGUCCAGAAGACAUGGAGGGUUUUGGACAACUCUUUGUCGUUUCUGAAGAGCAAAAACUUGAUUGGGCUGACGUUUUCUUCAUGACUACACUUCCUGUCCAGAUGAGGAAACCUCACCUAUUCCCGGAGCUCCCUAGUCCUUUCAAAGACACCUUGGAGAUUUACUCCUUGGAACUGAAUAACCUUGCCAUGGCUAUCCUUACACAAAUGGAACAUGCUUUGAAAGUUGAUGCCAAUGAAUUGACCGAGUUAUUUGAAGAUGGAAUGCAAUCAAUGAGAAUGAACUAUUACCCUCCAUGUCCUCAGCCGGAGAAAGUCAUCGGAUUUACGCCUCAUUCAGAUGCCUCAGGCCUCACGAUCCUCCUGCAAGUGAAUGAAUUGGAAGGUCUCCAAAUCAAGAAGGAUGGGAAUUGGCUUCCUGUUAAGCCACUUCCUGAAGCGUUUAUUGUCAACAUUGGAGACGCUCUGGAGAUUAAAACAAAUGGGACUUAUCGUAGCAUUGAGCAUCGAGCAAUUGUAAACUCAGAGAAAGAAAGACUCUCAAUCGCCACAUUUUGCAACCCGAGAGUUGAUGGUGAAAUUGGACCAGCCUCUAGCUUGAUCACUGAACAAACACCUGCUGCAUAUACAAGGAUCGGAGUACAAGACUACACGAAAGCCUUUUUUGCCCGUAAGAUUCAAGGAAAAUCUUUUAUUGAUGAUCUUAAAGUUUAAAUUAAGUUAGUUUGUUGAGUUCUUAAUAUGUUGGGAUUAACAAGAUGCAUAUUGUAUACUCAAGAUGCAUGUGCAUAUUACCACUGAACCAACUCAGUAUGAGGCUAUGAACUACUUGAUCUACAACCCUGUAUGUCAUUCUUGUUCACAACCAAAAAUAAUUGAUAACGGAUUGAGAUGCUGACAUGCUGUCAUUAGUAUUCUCAACAGUAAUUAGGCAAAAAAUUAUUUGUAAUAGUAAAAUAAAGAAAUAAAGGCCCUGAAUGUAUGUACGUGAU